AUGUCGUCGGGGUCGGCGUGGCCACCUGCUCUCAAGGCAUGGGUGCAAGAGUGCCUGUCUAGAGCCACCUCGUCGGCUAACAAGGCGGCCGUCAACGCAGAACUGAAACAGAUAUUAUUCGAUGCGCACAGGCUCGGCACUCUGCAGACGACGGACUGGUCCACCAUGAAGCUGAAGGCACUCCAGCCCAAAGAACCCAUGGCCGUACAGCCGAUUCAUCAUCAGUCCUACCCUUCUCUCUCAGCACCCACUAACAGUCCCAUCAAAGCCACGACAAAGAAGGAGAAGAAGAACAAGAAGCGCAAGGGAGAAAUAACGGACGGGUUUCCGUCAGCAUACAAGUUUGAGUCGGAGGAGGAGAAGGCCGCUAAGCAACGUCGCUUAGAGAGGUUCAACAACCCAACACCGCCGUCGAAUGGGAAUGGAGCUGGCCUACAUGCGACAGGUACGGCGUUGUGGUUUCCCGACAGUAACGGCAACGGGGCUCUGAGCUCGAGGCUAGCAACAAGGCAGGUAGGGCACAGCAAGUUCAGCAACUUCGGGUACGAGGCCGAAGUCGACGAAGUGGAUCCCAACGUGAUGGACUGGGACCACCACACGAUCCGCGGCACGUCGACGCGUCUUGAGAAGUCGUACCUGCGCCUGACAUCUGAGCCAAAUCCCGCCGACGUGCGCCCGCUUCCCGUUCUAAAGCAGACCCUCGCGCUCCUGAAGAAGAAGUGGAAGGAGAAUCGGAACUACGCGUAUGCGCUGGACCAGUUCAAGUCGGUACGCCAGGACUUGACAGUCCAGCGCGUCAAGAACGAGUUCACCGUUGAAGUGUAUGAGAUUCACGCCCGCAUCGCACUCGAGGCCAAGGAUCUCGGCGAGUAUAACCAGUGUCAGAGCAUGUUACGGCAGCUGUACGAGCUCGGGUUAGGUGGACACCCGCUCGAGUUCCUCAGCUACCGCAUCAUGUACUUGCUCCACACCCGGAACCGCAGCGACCUCGGUGUCCUACUGGGCCAGCUCUCUCCAGAGCAGAAGGCUGACCCUGGAGUCGCACACGCGCUGGCCACCGCUCGAGCGCUCGCGACGUCGAACUACAGCAAUUUUUUUGAGCUUUUCCUCCAUGCUCCCAAUAUGAGUGGUUAUAUCUUGGACCACUUCGUGGAGCGCGAGCGAGCUCAGGCUCUGGCGGUCAUGUCCAAGGCCUACUUCACUUUGCCACUUGGGUAUUUGACACACACACUGGCGUUCCAGAGCGACGAGGAAACAGACGAGUUCUUGGCUGGCCAUAAGGCAGCGAUCUACGUUACCCCACCGCGCGACCCAGCCGAUCCGUGGAAGCCCCUCGCCCUGGUACCGCUGUCGGUACGUGUGUGGGACGCUAAGAAGGCGCAUGCUGCGUGCGCGCAAGGCGUGGAAAAGUACCGCGUUGUCGACAUCAAGGGCCAGGUCGACUAG